CUUGCGCAGUGUUGAUUGGGAGAUGCCGAUGAUUUUUUUGGUGUUUUCGCCUAUCGUCGUCUCAUGUGUCCGUUCUAUUCAAGUUCGUCUAGUUUUAGAUUUUAUCUUUGUUAGUGAAAUAAAGUUAGAAAGACAAGAAAGAUUAAUUAUACCCGUAUUUAAUGGAAUGGUCUAUUAUUAUAAGUCGAGUCAAACGUAGUUUGUAGUUUUUAAAAUUAAGUUUCAAUUUCAUUAUUGGCAAAGUUUUAUGUGAAUUAUUUCUAUAAUAAAUGCAACUCCAAAAUCCGGUAUUUUUUAAAUCCAUAUUUGUUAUAGUUAACUGUUUAAAUUGUGUCUAAAAGUAUUGGGAAAAAUUGUAUUUCAUUUAAUUUUAAUUAUUACACGUUAAAUAUGAAAUUAGAAGUAGAAUAUUUGAAACAGGAGCAUCUCACUGGCUUCGAAAAUUAUAAAUAUAGUUGUAUGGACACCAGUCCUAUUAGCAUUUACAUCACACAUCCGUUUUGGAACAAAGUUGUUCAGUUCUGUCCAAGAUGGGUUGCUCCAAAUGUGUUAACAUUCUUGGGUUUUCUGUUUACUGCCUUGAAUUUUGUCCUAUUUGCCAUUUACGAUUACUACCUCUACGCAUCUAGUGAUGAUCAACAUGGAUAUCCAUUAAUUCCAAGAUGGGUCUAUGUUGCUGCUGCCUUCAAUAUUUUUAUAGCACAUACCCUUGAUGGCAUCGAUGGGAAACAGGCGCGACGAACACAAACAUCAGGUCCAUUAGGUGAACUUUUUGAUCAUGGAUUGGACAGUUGGACAACAAUGCCAAUUGCCGUUUGUACAUUCUCAAUAUUUGGACGAAUGGAAAAUAGUGUUACUCCAUUGCGAAUGUAUUUUAUUCUCUGGACUGUUUUUCUGAAUUUUUACCUGAGUCAUUGGGAAAAAUAUAAUACUGGAGUUUUAUUCUUGCCUUGGAGUUACGAUGCAUCCAUGUUGAUGACAACUGUACUCUUCCUUAUAACUUAUAUCUUUGGUUACAAAUUGUGGAAGAUACAAGUUUGGGGUGAUAUUUAUAUUAGUGAAUUGAUAGAAAUACUCUUGUACGUAAGUGCUAUAGGAUCAAGUGUUCCAGUCGUGCUGUGGAAUAUUUAUAAAUCUUAUAGAGACAAAACUGGCAAAAUGAGGACGUUCUGGGAAGCCGUGAGGCCCUUGGUGCCUUUGGUAUUUCUUUUCGUCACAGCAACGAUGUGGAUUUUGCAUUCUUCGAAUGAUAUUUUAGAACAGGAUCCUAGAAUUGUUUUCUUUGCCAUUGGAACGAUAUUUUCUAAUAUCUGCUGUCGAUUGAUAGUAUCGCAAAUGAGUAAUACCCGGUGCGAAGUGUUACCUUGGAUACUGUUUCCUGUUGCAGUAGCGUCUCUGUUCUCCUUUAUCUCGCCUAGUUUAGAUCUGCAGUCCAUGUAUUUAGUAUCUGCAAUUGCAUUUGUAGCACACAUUCAUUAUGGAACGUGUGUAGUUCGACAAAUGUGCCGACACUUCCGAAUCAAGACAUUUUCAAUAAAAAAUCAUUCAGAUUGAUUGCUUGCCGACAAUAUAUGUUAAAAUCGAAAACGGAAAAAUUAAAAGCGAGUCGGAAAAAAGAGGAAAAGAUCUGAAAUAAGCCUAAUAAUAAUUAAAUUAAGCGCCAAUUAAGAGCUUAAUUUCAUUCCAAUUCACUAAUUUUAAUUCCGUUUCUGUACAAUAUAUACAUAUAAAUAUAUUUCAAAUACUCGUGACACAUUAACUUAAAAAAAUAUAUUAUUUAAAACUUUUUAAUGAAUUGUUUUCUCUAGUCGAUAUUUUUACUUCUUCACUGGCAAUUUAAAUAAGAAAAAUUACUUUUGGCUCGUGUUUAGAUAUUGAUAGUGUAACCCUUUCGGUUUUAACAUAUAUUGUCACAAUUAUAGAAUUAUUUAUUAUUAUUAUACACAAAAUGGUGAAAUGUAAUUUCUUCGAUACUGGCAAAAAUAUAUUUUAUGUCGAAAUAUUUUUGCAAGUUCGAAGAAAUUACAGAAAAGAAGAAAAUAUUCGAGAGACGGUGAAUGAAUUCUCAUGAGACUAUUGACAGUUGUGAAUGAUAAUUUUCUCAAUGAUCUGUGACACCGUUUCGAUUAAUUUUGGAAUUUUCUUUAUGAAAAUUCAGGUCGAGAUUUUUUUUUCUUUUGUAAACUGAAAUAUAAGAUUUUAUAUUUGAGUUUCUAGUCAUGCCUGUCGAUGUUCUCAUUUAACUAACAUAAUAAAUGCAUUUUUAUUAAAUAAUGUGUAGGGAAGAAAAUGAUUAUUUUUUUGAAGAUUGAAGUUUUGAAUGAAUUCGAGCGCGAAUAUAAAUUUUAGGGAUCUCCGACUAGUGUCUGAUCCAUUCCUCAAAAUUCGUGCUCGUUUAUUUUGAUUAUUAAUAAUAAAUAAUUGAAGUGAGACCCUCGGCGGCCAGUAAAAUAUAGUCUUAAGAACAUUCGACCAGCAUAUCUCAUUUUUUUUUUUUUUUUUUUUAUUUUAUUUUAUUAAAUUUAGUGUAAAUUUUUUUUAAGCGCCACCAAAAUGUCAAAAGUUGCUUCAUUUAUUUUUUUUUGACAUCGAUGUACUUUUUACAAUAUUAUUGUGUACUUUUAAAUUUAUAAAGAACGCGAAUUGUUUAUGUCAUAUGUAUGUAUGUAUGUGGCAUUUUCAGACGGCAUUUCAAAAUAAAUCGCAUAAUUUAUCAAAUAACUCUUUAAAAAAAAAUAAAAUUGCAACUACGAAAAUAUGUACAAACUAGUUAUGAAUUGUGUAUGUGUGUGUGUGUAUAAUGUAAGUAAAUACUUACACACAUUUAUCAUGUGAACGAAAAGAAAAAAAAGUCAAAUGUAUGUACAUAAAGAAUACAUAAUAUUAAUUUUUACCAAAAACA